AGGAGAAACGAAAGCUUGAGAAACAGAAGAGACGCAUCAAAAACCUAAACGCAAUCUCUUAAAAAUUCAAUUAAAUUCAUCAAUAAUAUAAUCAUUAUUCUCACUGUAACUUCAUCUUCCUCCACGCAACUCUCUCCACAAAACAAAAUCCCUCUCUUCUUCUUCUUCUGCAAACUCGUUUCGUCUCAAAUUCUUCAAUCAAUUCAACCCUCUUUUCAUUUUCCCCAAAUUCCAUUACUUCACUCGAUUCCUCCGUUACUGCUUACUUCAAACUUCAAAGGUGCAGCUCCCCCUUCAAUUCUUUUUGGAUUGUUGGUGUUGAUACUGAGAUAGAUCAUGAUCAGAAACUUGUCAUAACCAUUUUGGGCUUUGGGGCAUGGACUGGCUGUUGAUGCCUACUGUUAGUGUCUGUGAACAAUGUUUAGCAGACCAAGGGGUGUCAAUGCUUUUAGUAUAUUCAAAUGGAAAGAGCAAGGUGCAUCAUCACUGACAACAGAUUUACUUAAUGAUAUUCCACCAGAGAUUGAGUUGUCUAAUUAUGGAAAGAUCCCAAGUCCAGGAAGUGAGAGCCCUUCAGGGCUUCUUAAUGGUGAAAGCCUAAAUGUAGAACCGAUUACCGAUUUGGAUCUCUUCUUUGAAAGACUUUAUAGUUACUACUGCGAGAAAGGUCUAUGGUGCAUCCUUACAAAGUGGAUUGUUGAACUUCUAAGUCUGGGCUUCACCAUUUGUUUUUCAGGAUUUUUUUUGCUGUAUGUUGAUUGGAAUGGGCUCCGGAAUGCAAAGUGUGGGAUGGAUGCAGUUGAGUCUGGAAUUAAGCCUUGUGAUCUUGCUAAAGAAGCUCUUAAUGAACACCCUUUAACCCCACUAACACUUACGAAAGCUAUUAUUGUUGGAUACUUGGGAAUAUUUUCUAUCUAUUGGAUAUUUUGCUUCUUGAGGUUCUUUGCACAGCUAAAGUAUACUCUGGAGAUUCGACAGUUUUACUACAACACUCUUCAUGUUACUGACAAUGAACUUCAAACCAUGCCCUGGGCUACAAUUCUUGACAAAGUUAUUCUGGUACAAAGUACUCGUCCACUAUGUGUGGUAAAGGAUCUUUCUGCCCACGACAUCAUCAUGAGAUUGAUGCGGAAAGAGAACUACUUAAUUGGAUUGCUCAACAAGGGUGUGCUUGCUUUCCCAAUUUCUCCUUGGGUCCCAGGUGCUGGUCCUCGAGUGAAAUCUAGUUCAAAUGGAACACAAUACCAUUUGAUACUUACUAAGACCCUUGAAUGGACUUUGAAUUGGUGCAUCCUGCAGAGCAUGUUUGAUCGAAACUUUCAUGUCAGGAGAGAUUUUGUGUCAAAUCCAAAGACAUUACAGAAAAGGCUUGUGGUAGUUGGGUUUGUAAUGCUAUUACUUUCUCCAUUUCUUGUCAUAUUCAUGCUGGUAUAUCUGUUUCUGAGGCAUGCUGAGCAAUUUUAUAAUCACCCAAGCACCGCAUCAUCUCGAAGAUGGUCAAAUUUGUCAAGGUGGAUCUUUAGGGAAUUCAACGAGGUGGAGCAUCUCUUCAGGCAUCGGAUUAAUAACAGUGUACUGCAUGCUUCUGAUUAUGUCAAGCAAUUUCCUUCUCCUAUCAUAUCUAUCAUUGCAAAAUUCAUCUCUUUUGUAUCGGGUGGCUUUGCUGCAAUUCUGAUCAUCAUUGCUUUUCUUGAAGAGUCUCUGCUAGAGGGCCAUAUAUUUGGUCGGAACUUGUUUUGGUAUGCUGCUGUUUUUGGAACUAUAACUGCCAUUAGCCGGGCUGCAAUUGCAAACGAGCUUCUAGUUUUGGACCCUGAGGGAGCAAUAUCUAUGGUGGUUCAGCAUACACAUUAUAUGCCAAAGAGAUGGCGUGGCAAAGAAAGUACUGAAAAAGUCCGUAUCGAGUUUGAAACCUUAUUCCAGUAUACUGGAAUGAUGUUACUUGAGGAGAUGGCCUCGAUUUUCCUCACACCAUAUUUACUUCUGUUUAUUGUCCCAAAGCGAGUUGAUGAUAUCUUGCAGUUCAUUGCUGAUUUCACUGUAAAUGUUGAAGGUGUUGGGCAUGUUUGCAGUUAUAGCUCCUUUGAUUUUCAAGAGCAUGGAAACAGUAAUUAUGGUUCCCCAUACAAUGCACCUCGUAGCAGGCGUAGUUCCCAGGGGAAGAUGGAGAAAUCAUUCUUGAGCUUUCAGAGUAGUUACCCUUCAUGGGAACCAAAUGCUCAGGGGAAGCGGUUUUCGCUAAAUCUCAGAACAUUCAGGGAGCAAAAGUUACGUGUACAUGGAAACAGACAUCCUGCAUCAUCCCCUUCUAGAAUGUUUAGGGAUAGUCCUACUCCUAAUAUGGGAAGCAAUGGUGACAGAAACAGGUUUAUAUCCCGGGAAUCGCCAUACAGUACUUCUGUAACUGACAAUCAUUUAAGUUCAUUGUGGUUGAUUGAAACCAUCCAAAACAAUCAUCCCUAUCUUCUUGAUUGGUACUAUACAUCUCAACCUCAUGACACAACCUUGAGAGAUGUCGUCCCAUCAGAACCGUUUGGAGGAAUAGAGCAUCAUUCCAGAGAGCAUUGGAUGCCCAACUUGACACAGAAUGAACCUGUGUAUGAAGAAAACUCACAUGAGUAUCUCGAGGUUCGGGCUGUAUCUCAACUUGGAGCUUCCACUUCAGCUCCCAUCUUCAGGGAAAGCCUAAUUCAGGAUCUGAAUCAUAAUGAACUGUCCCCUUCUGCCAGGAGUCCUUGGUGGGAUAGAAGUGGCCCUCAGGGUGGACAUGCUCAGACAAGCUUUUUUGAGCCUCCAGAUUUCAAUCAACAAGCUGCAUUUGGUUAUCAUGAUAAGUAUUCUGAUAGAGGUUCUGAGGAUCAAGAUCAUGAACAGCGCUUUUACUGGAGAGAUUAUAACAAAUUAUCUAGAACAGCAUGCACAGAUGAUGACUUAGAGGCAGGAGAAUUUAAACUUCAUUUUGAUGAUAUUUAUAGCAGACCUCCAGAUACUCCCACUGUAAAUGUUCAAACUUUUGAGUGAUAGCUUUGUCCCUGAUUGUUUGUUUAGGAAGUUCUUGCUUUCACAUGUAUAGAAUGCAUGGAUUUCCAAGUCAUGAUUGUCCCUUUUAUUUUAGUUAAAUGGAAAUUCUAUUCUUUGCUGUA